UUUAGUGAAUAGGAUGCGCGUCUUCUCCCGCCGACCCGCUGCCGUUUGACAUAUUUCCCCCCGCGAGCUGGAUCCACCAACCGGUCUGUUUUCUUACCGGGGGAAGUUGGGCUCGGCAAAACUUUUCUGGCUGUACUUUUGAUGCCAGGGAAAUGGGACCGCGCCAACGGGAGAGCGUGUCCGCGCUUUGCAGGAAAAGUUUGCUCUGGACUGUGCUGAUACUCUGGCUGACCACGUUUGUUGACGGGACCUGGAAAACGGGGCUGUACAAAACCUACUCAGCUCAGACAGCAGCCUCUCACACCUCAGUCUAUCAGAAAAGGAACUGGUGUCCUCAUACGGUCACUAAGACAGUGACUUGCCAAGUGCAGAAUGGGACAGUUCUCCAGCGGGUCUACCAGACCUGCCGCUGGCCGCAGGGAUGUACAGGAGGCAGCUACAAGACCGUGGUCAGACCUUCCUAUAAAGUGGUGUACCGCACAGUGACCUCUCUGGAGUGGAAAUGCUGUCCUGGGUUCAGUGGCGCUGCCUGUGAAGAAGAAUCAGGGAACCAGCUUGUGGCUCAGGAGGCAAUAAGGAAACCAUCUACUCUACGGCGGCCGCCUGCUCGCACAGGAGAGUCGAUCUCUAACUGUCUCAACUGCAGUCGAAUCACAGCUUUGAGCGACAGGCUGACCUCACUGGAGGCGAAGGUCCAAUUACUCACUGCCCCGGCCUCCAUAUCGCAUCGCCACCUUCAGGGUAAAGGAGCAACUGCACCAGACGCCUCAUUACUGAUGGGGGCUGUGCCCGCUCAGGGAGCUCCUGGUGAGCAGGGACCUGCAGGUCCUCAGGGUGAAAAGGGGAGAGAUGGGCUUCCUGGCAGAGAUGGGAAGCCAGGGUCUCGGGGGCUGCCAGGUCCCAGUGGGCCUCGGGGAGAGGCCGGGACAAGGGGCCCAUCUGGAGCCCCUGGAUCGAAGGGAUCCCCAGGACCAGCAGGCCCCCGUGGUCCACCAGGACUCCCAGGAGAGAGGGGUCUACCAGGCCUGCCUGGGCCUCCAGGGCCUCCAGCACCAGCCAGUGCCCACAUCCCAGAACCAGACCACACUCGUGGAAAAGACCCCUUCUUCACCAACACUUUCCUCGACUCAGGGGGGGCGCCUGUUCCAGGACCUCAGGGCCCUCCCGGGCCUGUUGGUCCCCCAGGUCCGACAGGCCCAGUAGGACCACCUGGCCCAGCAGGACAUAACGGGAAACCUGGAUCUCCUGGAACACACGGCCCUGUGGGGCCAAAGGGAGAACGUGGAGAGAGAGGUCCUUUAGGUUACCCAGGAGAGAGGGGAUUCAGGGGCGAGCCGGGAGCACCGGGUCCAAAGGGAGAGCCGGGGGAGAAGGGCUUGCCGGGGGACGGAAUACAUCAGAUCAGAGAGGCGCUGAAGAUCUUAGCCGAGAGGGUUUUAAUCCUUGAGACUAUGAUCGGUAUUCAUGAGCCUGAUCUAGGGUCUGGGGAUGGACCGUUUGGCACAGCCUCCCCUAGUUUCUACAGAGAUAAGCGAGCAGGUGCGCUUCCAUAUCGACUUGCUUCUCCUCUGUCCUCCGACACCAAGGUUCGAGGGAAGUAGCUCCCCCUGCUCACCCUGAGGAUCACAGGCUGGGUUGACUCCCCCCUCCUAUAGGUCUCAUCGGCACUCAACAGAUUUAGACCUUAUCUGAUACCAUCUCUGGGCUUUACCGUCAGAUUUAGGAUGGGGGACACCUCAGGGAAACUCCACUGAUACUCCACAAUGUUCCUCCUCCAUCAGGAACCUGAGAACUAGUUUGACCCCCACCCACUGCCAUAACCAAACACUUAUCUAUACAUAAUACACCCAGCAGCUCCUUCUGUGUCUCAUUUUCUUUGGCUACAGAACUGAAGCCUCAGAUCAUGCUUGAAAAGAAAAGGAAAAUAUCUGAAUCUUCUGUUGCGCUCCUUGAGCGACAAACAGUUCUGGACUGUAAGGGUCAUUUAGAGUAAUCAAUUGAAGGAGAAAUCAGAUGUGAGAAAAGACUGGAUUUGAGUUUGUAUUGCUUUCACAAUGUAACUGCAAUCUGAAGAGAUUCCAUUAUUUAAGUAUAUUGAGCAUGUACAGUCUGCAGGACACAAUUACACAAACAAACCUCCUCUUCUAGUAUUAAUUUUGUUAUACUUCUAUCAUAUUGUUUAACUCAAUGUUAUGUAGUGCACUAAAAAUUGAAGUCAUCUCUACUCUAAGUGAGAUAUGUGUUGCUAACAGUGAUUUGUAGUUUUCUGGUGUGAGUGUUUUCCCCCCUUAAAGAACACACUGAUAAAGUGAUUUAAUAUACAAUAGUAUAUUUACAUUUAAUCUGUGCAACAACAAAAAAACAAAACAAAAUGCAAACAUUUGCAUCUGGGUUUGGCUGCACAUGAGUGGAAACAGUCAUUAAUCAUGUUGCACUCUGGAAACAAAAUGUGUUAGAAUGAAACCUGGCUUUCCAUUUCAAGAUCUUGAAGACACACACACAGACAGACACACAGACAGACACACAGACAGACACACAGACAGACACACACACACACACACACACACACACACACAGACACACACACACACACACACACACACACACAGAGGAUAAUAGCAAAUAGCAAAACUGUUAACAGAACUUGAACAUAUUUUUACCACUGCUGUGUUGGUAAACUUCAGACUGCUUAAACUGUCCUGAUGAAAAGACUUGAUGAUUGUUUUUUCAUCUUAUAUCAAACUUAUUGUGAAACUAUUUAAAAUGAUCAACUGUAGUUUAUUUUGUACGCUGUUGUGUAACCAUUUCAUAUUUUGAACUUGUUUUUUCUUGCAAAUGUGUUAUUGUGUUAAGAUAAUCCUGUCUAGAUGAUCGGUGUAAUUAAAUAAUGUUCAUUGUUUUU